AUGAGUAAAGACCAGUCACACUGGACGGAUAAUACGCAGAAGCUUGUCAUGCAAGAAACGGAAGAAGCAGCCAUGGUGCAUAUGUGGAGAACUAUGGGAUACGGAGAAACGCCUGGUCUUCCAAAUUACGAACGUCACCCUAUUCCCGCUGUCGCAGAACAUACUGAGCCCAUCGCUCCUGCUAUCACUCUCACAACGCCUACUCCGCCGUCUUCACAUGAAGCAUCGGAUACAUCGCAGGAGGCCAGGUCACACGAUAUUGCUAGUGCAGCCUCUGAAGAGGAUGCAUGCCCACCUGCGGCGCCCAAUCAGUCUCCCUCGGGGGUAUAUCAAUCUUCUCUGUCUACCAACCCUCUCCAGCAUUCGGGAUCACCUCCUACAAGAUCCUCCGGUUCGCCACUUCAAUUUGUUCCGCGACCAACUCAAGACUAUGAGGCUAUGCUGCAAGCCAUGGCGACUGGUAAGUUUGACAUCCCUAUCUUCGGAGCAGCAGGUGCAGCCUUCAUGAAUCGCCCGCUUCCAGGGACGCCCAUACCGAAGAACAGGAAGCGAAAGUGUGCUGAGACACCGCAUGACACAGAUGGUCACGAAAUUGAGAGCGCGUCAAAGGAACCAGCGACAAAGAAGAAGACUGUCAAGCUUAAGAGUUCUACCUAG